AUGUCCUCCUUUCACCACCACACUCCCUUUCCCAACUUCACAACCACCAUGGCUUUAUGCACAACCACACCACCUUCAUCAUCUCUAAUCUUUUCAACCCACGCAACCUCCUCCAUCACCAUCAAUUCACAAGAACUCUCUCCUUCCCACCGUUCUUUUCCUCUUUCCAGAACCUUCUUUCUCUCUCCCCUCGUUUUCAAACCCGCUAACUGUUUUCAUCUAACCUACCAAUCUAGGUUUUCGAAUUCAUUUGUUUCUGCACUUGCUGCUAAUGUCGCUGAAACUGUUGAUGAAGAGGAGAAAGACGGUGGUGAGGGGAAUGAAUCUGAUGUUCCUACUAACACUGUUAUUGUCUCCACUAAACCUAAGACAGGGAAAGCUGCAUUGGCACUUAAGAGUGAUAGGGUGAGAUCUAAGAGAUUCUUGGAAAUUCAAAAAUUGAGGGAGCUUAAGAAAGAGUACGACUUGAAGACAGCAAUUUCUUUGGUAAAAGAAACAGCUAAAACCAAGUUUGUAGAAACAGUAGAAGCCCAUUUCCGUCUCAACAUUGACCCUAAAUAUAAUGAUCAACAGUUAAGAGCUACAGUAAAUCUGCCAAAGGGAACUGGAAACCCUAUUAAAGUGGCUGUUCUUACUCAAGGUGAAAGAUUCGAUGAAGCAAAAAAUGCAGGAGCUGAUUUGGUAGGUGGAGAGGAUCUGAUAGAACAGAUAAAAGGAGGAUUCAUGGAAUUUGAUAAGUUAAUUGCUUCUCCAGAUAUGAUGUCUAAGGUUGCUAGCCUAGGAAAGAUUCUGGGGCCAAGAGGACUCAUGCCAAAUCCUAAAGCUGGCACUGUAACGGCUAAUAUUCCUCAGGCUAUAGCAGAAUUCAAACAGGGAAAAGUUGAAUACAGGGCAGAUAAAUCAGGAAUCGUGCACUUGCCUUUUGGAAAAGCCAAUUUUCCAGAAGAGGAUCUUCUUACAAACUUGCUCUCUGCUAUAAAGUCAGUAGACUCAAACAAACCUUCGGGCGCGAAAGGUAUGUACUGGAAAAGUGCACACAUAUGCUCAGCAAUGGGGCCUUCUGUUAGGUUAAAUAUCAAGGAGAUGCUUGAUUAUAGGCCUCCUCAAUCAGAAUAA